GACACCUAGGCUUUCAGCAUGUCUGGCAGAGGCAAGGGCGGGAAGGGGCUCGGCAAGGGGGGCGCCAAGCGCCACCGCAAGGUGCUGCGCGACAACAUCCAAGGCAUCACCAAGCCGGCCAUCCGCCGCCUGGCGCGGCGCGGCGGCGUCAAGCGCAUCUCGGGGCUCAUCUACGAGGAGACGCGCGGCGUGCUCAAGGUCUUCCUGGAGAACGUCAUCCGCGACGCCGUCACCUACACCGAGCACGCCAAGAGGAAGACGGUCACGGCCAUGGACGUGGUCUACGCGCUCAAGCGCCAGGGACGCACCCUCUACGGUUUCGGCGGUUAAACUCGUCUCUGAUUUCGGCAACCCAGACACGCUUUCAGCAACCCAAAGGCUCUUUUCAGAGCCGCCCACUUGGUUCCAACAAAGAGCUGUAUCGCUUUGCCUAAAUGCGCCGAGAAUUUUUUUAUUUACUUGAUAGUUUCGGUCUUUUCGUGUUUCCCAGCUGGAUUCUCA